AUGUGGAAAAAUCGCGCUAAAAUUAUGGAGUGUUUUGAAUCAAAAUCCCUAAAAAUAAAGAAAAAUCGUAAUCCAACUCAUCAAGAUAUUGAAAAUGCUCUCCUAGUGUUGUUUAAAGCUCAGAAAAGUCAAAAUGUACCCAUAAGCGGUCCUCUUUUGCAAGAGAAAGCUAAUCAUUUUGCCAAACAGCAUGUAUGUUCAGAAAGCUGGAUUUACAGAUUUGCCAUCAAUAUUCUGGAUGCCAUUGAAAUGACAACAGCAUGGGCACGAGUUACUCCAGGCACAAUAAAAAAAUGUUUUUCACAUGCUGGGUUUGGUAAUUUUUCGAAUUUAAAUACAAUUGAUGACAAUUCUGAUGAUGAAUUGGACAAUUUGCCAUUGGCGAGAUUAUCAUCAGCGGAAGCAAACGUUACGGAUUGGGAAACUUAUGUGAAUAUUGACGAUCAAGUUAUCACUACUGAUAACUUGACUGAUAAUGAAAUUAUUGAGUCUAUGCUUUAUAACAUAAGAAAAGGAGGAUGA